AUGGCUUCGAAUCUAAUUAAAACCCUAGUAACUCGAGGCUCUAACAAUUUGCCUCCACAUUCUAGGAGUCUUAGCAGCAUCGUCAGCAGUGAGGUCAUCACCUCCCACACUGACAAAUGGAUGCAAGUAACAAACAUAUAUGCGAAUGUUGAAAUGAUUCGAUCUUCGNGGAGUCUUAGCAGCAUCGUCAGCAGUGAGGUCAUCACCUCCCACACUGACAAAUGGAUGCAAGAUAAAAGUAAGAAAUCUCCGAUGGAGUUGAUCAAUGAAGUUCCACCAAUUAAGGUUGAAGGCAGGAUUGUCGCUUGUGAAGGAGACAGCAAUCCUGCACUUGGGCAUCCGAUUGAGUUCAUAUGCCUUGACCUGAAGGAGCCAGCUGUGUGCAAGUAUUGUGGUCUACGAUAUGUUCAGGAUCACCAUCACUAG